AUGGCUUCUAGCAAAACCCUUACGCACGUGUUUCUGAUAUCGUUCCCAGCACAAGGCCAUGUCAAUCCACUCCUAAGACUCGGCAAGAUCUUAGCUUCAAAGGGUAACCUUCUCGUCACCUUCUCUACCACCAAUUCCGCCGGAAGGAAAAUGAAGAAAGCCGGUGCUGCUGUCUCCGGUGAUCCCACUCCAGUAGGCAACUGUGGGGGCAUGAUCCGCUUUGAGUUCUUUAAUGAUGGAUAUUCAGAUGACAGCGAUAAGGAAAUUCAUGACUAUGAGGCUUACUUUUCUAUGCUUGAGACUUAUGGCAAGAAAUCACUCAUUACGAUUCUCAAUCGCCUAAAAGAUCAAGACAGCCGACCGGUUUCUUGCGUCAUCAACAACCCUUUUGUGCCUUGGGUUUCUGACUUAGCAGAAGAGCUUAACAUACCUUCUGCUUUGCUUUGGGUACAGUCUUGUGCUUGCUUUUCAUCGUGUUAUCAUUACGCGAAUUCAUCUGUUCCUUUCCCAAAUGGAGAACAACCAGACAUCGACGUCCAUUUGCCUAACAUGCCAGUCUUGAAGUCUGAUGAGAUUCCGACAUUUUUACACCCUUCAACGCAAUAUCCAUCCGUUGGAAAAAUUAUUGUACAGCAAUUCAAGAACUUGUCAAAGACGACUUGUGUAUUAAUUGAAACAUAUGAAGAACUUGAGGAUGAACUGAUCAAUUACGUGUCUGAUCAAGUAUGCCCAAUCCUACCAGUGGGUCCGUUGUUCAAAAGUCCGUUACUCGAGGUAGAAACAGCCGCGAAUAUCACCGGCGACAUGAUAAAAGCCGACGACUGUAUGGGAUGGCUCGACUCAAAAGGCACUUCAUCUGUAGUUUACAUAGCGUUUGGAAGUCAUGUCAUCUUGAACCAGGAACAGUUCACUGAGAUGGCUUCCGGUGUUCUAAAUUCUGGUAUGUCGUUCUUGUGGGUCAUGAGGAGCAGGUUGCCGGAGGAGUUCUUGGAGGCGGCAUGUGGGAGGGGAAUGGUUGUCGACUGGAGUCCACAACCUCAGGUUUUGUCCCACAAGGCUGUGUCUUGUUUUGUGACUCACUGUGGGUGGAACUCAACAUUGGAAGCGUUGUCAACCGGUGUUCCAGUGGUGGCGUUCCCGCAGUAUGGGGAUCAGGUGACGAAUGCUAAGUACUUGGUUGAUGAAUGGAAGAUUGGGAUUAGGAUGUGUAGGGGGGGUGAGGCCGAGAAGAAGGUGGUUGGGAGGAAGGAGGUCGAGGAGUGCUUAAGGGAAGCUACUUGUUGUGUGAAGGCUGCAAAGAUGAAGGAUAAUGCGUUGAAGUGGAAGAAAGCGUCGGAGGCAGCGGUGGCGGAAGGUGGAAUAUCUAACCGGAAUCUUCAAAAGUUUGUAGAUGAAAUUAGGGGGUUAUAA